UCCACUCGUUACAUACAGAAUGAAAACGAAAGAGAACGCAGGACAGUCCUGUACCUCGAGUACGAAACGUUUACUUCCUGGUUGGAGAGAGGACACAAAAUGUCGAAGUGUUUGUCGUCUCUGCUUCUCGUCGCAUCGUGGAUUUGUUUUAAAACACACUCAGUGUCAGGCGCCUGUAUGUCAGGGAUGUAUGGUUUGGACUGUAGCUACAACUGUCACUGUGACGCUGCCAACUGCACUGAUGUUAAAGGUUGUUCUGGUAGGUGCCAGGAAGGAUGGUCUGGACCAAGAUGCACAACAGAAAAUGUAGCCUUACAGAAAACUGCCUACCAGAGUUCAUACAUCCCAGGGUUCACGGAUGUCGCUGUGCUUGCUGUAGAUGGCAACCGUCGCGCUCGUGGAGGAUUCUGUAUGGUAACUGGUAUUCAUCAGCCAUACACGUGGUGGGAAGUAGACUUGGAAAGAGACUACUACAUACACAAGAUAGAUAUUUACUUCCGCACCGACUUUAGAGAUCGUAGAAACGGUGUUCACAUCUACAGCUCAACAGAAGCCAGGAAAGCGAAUACGGGCCACCUGUGUGGUGCGGCCACUAUAAACAGUCCUGAUGUAACAACCAUUACAUGUGACAGUACAGCCAGAUAUAUCACUCUCUACCAGAAUACAUCAAACAGUAAUGGUGAAAGAAUCAUGGACUUUUGCGAAGUAGAAGUGUAUGUUUGUGAUCCUGGAACGUUUGGUGAGGACUGCAGUCAGUUUUGUCACUGCCUGAAUGGACCGUGUAACUACACAACUGGAGAAUGUACAGGAGGAUGUAAACCAAACUGGACUGGGGUGAACUGUAAUGACAAUGUGAAGUAUUCUGUUCAGCAGAUUCAGUUCGUCAUAUACUGCGAGGAUUUGAACGAUCGACCCCCAGUAUAA